AUGGACGCUGACACCCGGUUGACACCUUACGAACUGAUCCCGGUCCUCAGAGUGAGUGGCAACGCUGUCGACAGUCCCACCGAGCCGGUCAAAGCAAGCAGCCUACGCUGUCUGGACGGUCGGGAAGAACAGCUUUGGCUUGGCUCUUCUGACGGCAUUGUGCGUACCUACUGCCUUGAGCGGAUGAGUGAUGGCAGCAGCGGCUAUGUGAGAUCAGACGAAAAGCGUCUAUCAGCUUCCACCCAGGGCAAGGCGCCGUCUGCAAUCGAGAGACUGUUUGUGCUCCCCAAUAUCAACAAGGCACUCAUCCUCACCGGCGGUGCACUCACGUUUCACUCACUGCUACAGGGCGGCAAGCGUAUCAGUAGCGCCCUCGAACGGCCAAAAGAGAUCAAAGGCGUCCUGGGCCUCGUCCUCGACGAUGGUGGAAAGUCUCCAGCAGGCAGAGCAAGCGAACAGGGCAGCGGGCAGAGCAGCAUCAACAUCUGUGUCAUCCGACGUCGCGUCAUUAUAUGGCAGCGGAUCGCACCGUCUGGCGUCGAGACCCUCAGAGAGAUACCCCUGCCAUCAGACAUGGGCAUCAUACAUUACGCAGUCUUGCGAGGUAGUACACUCGCGGUCGCAGACUCGGUCGGCAUGUAUUCUCUCAUCGAUCUCUCGUCUGCCAGCAUGAUCCCUCUCGUCAGCUUCACACAAGAUCACGAGCAAACCCCUUCGCCGAUCGCGACCAGGCAGGACGCACCUGAUCCCAUGGCAAGCGUCGACGGGAGCGCUCAAGAAAGCAUCAGCUCAAAGCCAAGCUCAUCCAGCGGUCCUGCGUUCAACCUGACCCCGUCCCACCGUCCGGCUAUCGCGUCCAUAGGCUCUGACGAAUUUCUACUGGCCACACAUAAUGGCAAGACAUCACUAGGUCUCUUCGUACGAGAGUCGGGAGAGCCGUGCCGCGGAACGAUUGAAUGGACGUCCAACGUCAAAUCGCUAGUUGUGGACAGAGCGCACGUUCUAGCGCUCUUGCGCAACGAUACCGUCGAGGUUCACUCUCUGACGAGUCAGGAGCUGCUGCAGCGUAUCGCAUGCACAGAGGAUCUGCUGCCUCGAUCUUUGCGUCUUCUUGGCCGUGCUUCAUCGGCAUGUAGCAUAACCGUGCCUCGCCGAUCAGACGCAUCGCCGGAGCUGAGCAAGGUUGCCAUCGCUCUCACAUCAGGCGCGAUAAGCUCUGCAAUGAAUACUCCGGCCAGCAAAGCGACGACAACUGUUUCGAUUGCACCUGCGCAUCCUAACGUGCUCGUACUUGGCAAGACGGCGAUUGCGGCGCUCAGCGUGCCGUCAAUGCUCUCGCAGGCUGAUGCAUUGUUUGCCAAACAUGCGAUUGAUCAAGUCGUCCACUUGCUUGGCCAGUCCAACGUCGAUAGACUAGCUUCCCGUGACGAGCAGAACUACAUCAGAGCUCGCGCAGGUCUCGCCUGCCUGGCCUUUGGCGAUCGCGAGCGCGCUCUUCUGCUCUUAAAGAAAGCAAAUCUCGAUCCAAGACUGUAUUUCUUUCUUGCGCCGGCCGUCACUGCAACGCUACUCACUCUUGAUGACGAGGCCGUCACUUUCGCCGGACUCCAGCCUCUUUGGCUCGAAGUGCGCAGAGCCUUGGCCGCUACCUCUGUCGAGGAUUCUCGAAGCGCCAAUGAAGAUUUUUUGCUCUCGCUUCUCCGAUCCUGGAGAGCCGACCGCAGGCAGAGAGCGCGAUCGCCUGGCCUACGCAUCGAUGUCACUGUCGAUACGGCUCUCGCCAUCAUUCUCAUCGACCACAGCAAAGAGACUGAACUGUUCGAGCUGCUUCAACAUCCGCUCCAGGACGUGGACAUCGGCCAUCUUGCAGCGCAUUUACGAGCUCGUGACCGGCAGAAUCUGAUGGUGGAUGUCUACGACCGACUUGGUCCUGCAUAUGCAGACAUCCUGUUGCAAUGCUUGAAGGACUUGAUAGACAGCGCCGUCACUGACGCUCAAAGCAGAGCAGAAUACUUUACUCGCGUCGAAGCCCUUCUUACUGCCGUGACAGACAAGGAACUCUUGCUAUCCAGCGGCAUUUGGCUGAUGCGGCACAGUCGGCCCAGCGGCGUCUCUUUGCUGACAGCGCCGCCUAACGAUAUCAUACUUGAUUCUGCUGUCGUCUUCAGAGAACUCAAGCAGCUCGACGGCGACAUUGCAGAUGCAUAUCUCGAAAGCACAAUCCUCGCAGAUCAGCAGCAUGAUCGACAUCUACAUGCCGAACUGGUGCAACGCUACCUCGACAGGCUCAACACAAUGAUGAGCGAAACCCUGUGCAUUGAACGGUUCGCUGCGCUCUCUAAUGGUUAUGCUGCCUACUCGGGCGACUACGCGUCCUAUCUCUGCAGCUGCUUUAAGCCGAGCCAGGGCGAUCAAGCACUCGGUCUUCGUCUCAAAUUGAUGCUCUUUUUGCAUGCCUCAUCUAGCUAUGAUGCGCACGCAAUGCUAGACCGGCUCGCGAAUUCGUCUCUGUCUUUCGAAGCGACGAUUGUUGCGAGCAAACUUGAUGGCGUCCCUCAUCAAGACGUUUUACAUCGCUUGCUCAUCGAUCUCCGCGAUAGCCAAUCUGCUCUGCUUUACUGCAAGCUUGGGCUGGUCUUGUCGGGCACAGCCUGCGACGCUAUUGCCAGCAAGCUCGGCAUAGUCAUUCCGGGCGGAGCCAAGAUCAAGUCCGAGCAGCAUUUAACAACUGAGGAGCAGCGAGCGAGAUCACAAGCUGCAUUGCAGAUCGCGUCCUCAUCUCCAUCGGGCGCCUCUGUCUUAGCGGACAUUCUCGACAAGACAACACACCUUUUCUCUCCACGCCUGGAAGCUCCUGAAGUAGCACCCAAGGACAUGCCCUUAUCGAGUUUUCGUUCAGUAAUACGCCGAUCGCUGCGCGAGGUGCUACAUACACGCAUAGAGUGUGACAUCCUCAAGCACCUCCAGACGGCACACAACUUGCGCGUGUCGCUCGAAGUCUGGGAAAUGCAAAAGCAAAUUGGCGGCACUCUCGCAGAAUCCAGCCUGCCGAGCGAUGACGAGCAAGCCGAUCGACAAGCAGCAGAUAGCAUCGCACUGGAGGAGAAGCUGCUACAGCUCGUCAAAGCUAAGGAACAAUGAAUGUAUUGAUGCAAUUCUGACAGACUUUGCUAUAAUCUUGCUUUUAUAACCUCUCGUUGACGUCUCUACUCUCAACAACGGCAGGCUGCCAGCAAACGAGCGACAAUGACCUUACUGAGCAGCGGGAU